AAAUGAAAAGUGGAAAAUUUUUCAUCAGUUGAACGGACAAAUAAAUCGCAAUAUAAAUCAUUGAGAACUUCUAUUUUUAUUUAACAACCUACUAGGAAAUUGAUAAGAAAUUUAAGCAGAGUGAAUUGCAAAAUAAUGGGAACUUAAAUACGCGAGUGAUGAUGCACCAAAUGUAUGUAAAAGAUAUACAGAAGAGAAGGGCAGAAUUGUGCCAGACGUGUGAAACAAUAACAAUUAUUAAAACAGAAUAGAACAGAAUCAUUUUGGAAGAAACAAAAAAAUAGAGUUGGAGUAUCAACAAUUUAACAAACGACGUAGAAAAUUUAAAGUACGUGCAUAAAGGUGAAUAAAAAAUGUUUUGGGACAAAAGCUACACACCGUCACAGAAUAUAGAGGCGCUAUUGGAGAAAGAGAAUGCUACUGUUGAGGAAUUUCUGGACGAUGAUGAUAUCCUAUUGGAGUGUCGAUCACAAAAAAAAUCUAUUGUUAUUUAUUUCACUCGCACUGAUGUAAUCAGACGCCUUGUUGAACUCAUUACGACAGAACCUUCUGAGGAUCUACCCUUGGCCCAAAGAUAUCGCCAUGCGCAUAUGGCUUGUGAGAUUUUAACACUCGGUUUGCCGUCCUUAGAUGAAAAGCUUUUGUCUGAUGAACAUAUAUUAGAAACCCUAUAUUCAUAUCUGGAAAAUGAACCACCGUUAAAUCCUUUGCUAUCGUCAUUUUUUAGCAAAACGUUUAGUAUGCUCUUCACAAAAAAGGCUGAACAAGAUUGGUUUUUGAAUCAACAAAUGUGCCUAAAACUUUUGGAAUACAUUAAGUCGCAAAAUAAUUUUUUGGAUUUAAUUUGUAAGCAUUUUUCCACACCCGUUAUACCCGAUUUGAUAAUGCAAAUGAUGCGGGAGGUAGAAGGUCAAAUGAAACGGAAUUUAUAUGAAUGGCUCACUGAAGAUAAACUUGUAGAGAGACUGAUUGAAUUAAUUGGCAAUCCUCAAGAAAUUGACAAGCAUGCAAAUGUGGCGGAAUUCCUCUGUGAUUUAAUACAACAAGGUCGUUCUAUGCGUUAUACCGAGCAGGAGAAUGACACGUUUGAGCCCACAUUCGACGGUUCAAAUCCAAUCUUGAAAUGUAUCGAAAGUGAGCGCAAUGUUGAAGCCUUGUUGAAUGUGAUUUUAGAACCAAACGCGCAAGAAAGCGCAGUCGUAUCAGGAAUAUCGGUUGUACUUAUGCUUUUAAAACCAGUUGUUUUUACUGAUGAACCUAAUUCCGAUCGUAUGAAAUUUAUACAAAAUCGUGAAAAAGAGAUUCGUGAACAAAUACUCUCUACUGUGAUUAGUGUCAUUGCACCGCGUCUUAAAGAUUUCAAUGAGUUACUUAGAAACCCGCCUAAUAAACCAGAAUUAGUGACUACAGCAGCUAAGUUAUCACAGCCGUUUGGCAUGACUCGUUUGCAAAUCUGCCGUAUUUUUACAGUAUUAUUGCAGACUAAAAACGAAACAAUUUCAAAAGCUGUCUGUGAAACGGAUUUCUUCGAAACCUUAUUAAUCCUCUUCAAGCAAUAUUGUUGGAAUAAUUUUUUGCAUAGCGAAGUUGAAAAGUGUCUUCAAUUAGUAUUUUAUACAAAACUAUCAAAUAACAAUAAUUCAAUGCAAGGCAGUACAAUUGUGAAUGAUGGGUCAUUCAAUAAAACGGGAAACAAUGUGGAAAAUACAUCGUUUUUCGAUUUCAUUUUCAAGUCUGAUAAUAGUAAAGAUGAAAAUUUUGAAGUUAAUGAGGCAAACAAAAAUGUUGAAAAAGAAGAAAAAUCAUCCGUCGAAAAAGAAGACGUCGAAAUGAAAACGGAUGAACAAAUUGGCGAAGGCAAAGGCGAAAUAGCAACGGAAGAAAAAUCUGAAAGUAAUGAAACCGCUGCAAAUGCUAACGCCAUGGAAACAGAUGAAGGUACUGUAGAAAAGGUGACAGAAAACGCAGAAGCGCCAACUACUUCAGAUGUUGAUGAGGAACGUAAGGAAGAUGAGAUUAACGAGCAGAACAAAACCAAAGCGCAAACCGACAGUGUUCCGUCCGCAUUGCAAAUACACGUAAUUGAAAAGUGUAAGCUGAUUUCGAAAUUAAUUGACUGUUGGAAAUAUAACACAGAGAUGGAGUCAGCCGAAAAAGGUCGUCGUCUCGGUUAUAUGGGACAUUUAAUAAAAAUAUUCAAACAUAUUACGAAUAGUAUAUCAGAAUCUGAACAUAUCGGUGCCUUAAUUGAGAGUAGUUUAAGUGAUGAGUUUGAGUUAAAAUUGUGGCAAUCAAUAAUAAAUCCAACCGAUGGUGAUCUAACAAAGGCCUUAGCCACACAAAAUAAAAUGUUAGCGAAUUGUAAUGCCCAUGAGGCGGGUGACUACAGUCCACAUUUAUCAAAAGAUUUUGAUAACAGCACUUGGGAUUAUAUUAUGUCAUCGAAUAUGAUCAGUAAUCUUGGCUUCAAUGAUUCCGGUUCAAACGACAUAGUUUUUGCGCUUGAACAUGACAUCUAUCGCAAUAAUCUGCUCGAAAACGAUGAUAACGCCGAAAACGACCUUAAUUUGUUUCAGUUCGGUCGCAAUAUUGACGACGACGAUGACGAGGACGAUGAAAACAACGCUGGCGGUGCUGGCAGUGGCGGUGGCGGAACCGGCUCUUCUCUCUUCGGCAAAAAUGCUGUUUCCACAUCAGCUCUACAAGCGUUCGGCGUAACCAACAAUCCAUGGGAUGAUAUGGAUCCGUUCAGCGAUCUAACUGCGAAUAGCAAUGCAACACCGUGGACAGCUGAUUUCAAUUCGGAUAAUUUUGCUGAUUUCGAUUCGCAUUUCAGUUCGUUCGCCAACGAUUUGGGCGAGAGUUUAGUGAGUGCGGCAUCUACAACACCUGAAAAUGCUGCCGGUAAAGAGAACAGCAAUAACGGUGAUGGCAGUACCGCUGCUACUGUUAGCAACCAAGUGCAACGAAACACCACCGAUAACGGUGCAAUUUUGAGUGACAUCAGCCGUACUAUCGCGCCAGCUUUCACCAGUAGCAAGGCCGAAACUGGUUAUGAUAAUAAUGCAAAUGUUGAGAAGAGUAUAACGCUGGUAACGCAAGAGAUUGGUGAGUUUGCGGAUGGCACCGACGUCGCAGAUGAUUUGGAUGUGUCGAGUGAGAAGGCUUUGGCCACUUCGUUGGUGCGUACACUACAGUCGGUGAUGCAGGAUUCUGAAGAUGACUAUGAGGAUGAUGAGGGCAUGUGGACAAAACCGCUGGGCGGCAGAGCAGUGGAUGCGCACGAUGAUGAAAGUGAUGACAGCGAUCAGAAGUCCAAUGAGCUGAGUUUCACCAACGGCCCGAGCAGCCAAGAAGUUCACGCAAAUGAUAAUACACAUAAAUUAAACAAAACUGAUGAUGAUGACUCCAGCACAAUUGCAGCGGCGCACAUAAAUGAGAAUGCAGGCAGUGAAAACGUUCAAGUUGCCGCUACAAUUAGCGAUGCGAAACGCACAAGCAGUUCCAUAUCUCUAGACACCAUCGCAGAUGUGGGUUGCAAUGCCACUGCCGUGGCUAAGGCAUCAUCGACUAGUAAUGCUGUUGAAAUUGCUCCAACAACAACAUAAAUGAAAUUGUGCUGGCACGCAAACAUAUAUAAAGAGAAAAAUGUACAUGCGUAUAUAUGUGUGUGUGGCAUACGCAGCCACUUACAUAUAUGAACUUAUACAUAUGCAGAUAUACUAUAAAAAAUAACAAAAAUCGCUCAAAGACAUGCAAAUACACUGCAGCAAAUUGAUAAACUUUUGAUGCGUCCAAUGACGCUUCACGCCAAAGGUUGAGGUACCGCCCAUGUAUAAACUUAAAACUUACUAAUUAUAUCAACGUACAUACAUACAUACAAAUAAACAUACUCAAAAACCAUGCACGCAAAUGUGCAUAUGUCUACAUUGACGCUGCACAAAGGUAUUCUUAAAA